CGCCCACCUCUCCGCCACCCUCUUCUAGACUCCCUGGCCCCACGCCCCCUCCUCCCUCUCCUCCGAUUGGCCCCACCAACCAGAGAGAGAGGGCGAGAGGGCGCCGCGCGCCUCCUCCAAUAAUACACUGCCACGUCUUGCGUGCCACGUAGGCCACCCCACCACCAUGCGCCGCCGCGGGAGGAUGAUCCCGCCGGCGCUGCUGCUGGCCGCCGCGGUGGCGGCGGCGCUCGCGACGGCCGUGUCGGGGCAGGGGCGGCCGGUCACCGAGAGCGGCGCGCAGACGGCGCCGACGCCGUCGACGUUCACGCCCAAGGACAACUUCCUCAUCGACUGCGGCAGCACGAGCCCCGUCACCACCGGCGGCAAGGUGUACAAGACGGACGCGCAGUCGAACAGCCUUCUCUCCGCCAAGGACGCCAUCAAGGUCGCCACCACCGACGCCGACGUGCCCUCGCCGCUCUACCUCACCGCCCGGAUCUUCCGCGACGAGGCCGUCUACAGCUUCCCGCUCACCGUCCCGGGCUGGCACUUCGUCCGCCUCUACCUCUUCCCGCUCAAGAACUCCGACUUCGACCUCACCACCGCCACCUUCACCGUCUCCACCGACACCAACGUCCUCCUCCACAGCUUCACCGCCGAGAACAAGCCGGUCAUGAAGGAGUUCCUCGUGAACGCCACCGAGAACCACCUCGCCGUCAAGUUCUACCCGCUCAAGGGCUCCGCCGCGUUCAUCAACGCCAUCGAGGUCGUGAACGCCCCCGACGAGCUCAUCACAGACAUGGCCAUGGGGAUCGCUCCCGUCGGAGAGAUGACCGGGCUCGCCGAGGCGGCGUACCAGGUGGUGUACCGGAUCAACGUCGGCGGCCCGGCCAUCGCGCCCGACAAGGAUACGCUGGGGCGGCAGUGGGACGUGGACGCGCCGUACGUGCAGUCGAAGGAGGCGGUGAAGGACGUGUCGGUGCCGGUGGGGAACAUCAAGUUCCCCGACGGGACGUCGAAGCUGGUGGCGCCGGCGCAGGUGUACGCGAGCUGCGCGAAGAUGGCGGACGCCGGCGUGGGGAGCCCGAGCUUCAACAUGUCGUGGAAGAUGGAGGUGGACCCGGCGUUCGGCUACCUGGUCCGGCUCUUCUUCGCGGACAUCGUGAGCAAGAGCAUGAACGACCUCUACUUCAACGUGUUCGUCAACGGGCGCAAGGCCAUCUCCGGGCUGGACCUGUCGACGGUGACCGGCGAGCUGUCGGCGGCGUACUACAAGGACAUCGUCGUCAACUCGUCGAUCGCGACGGACAAGCUGAGCAUCCAGGUGGGGCCGAUGGGGGAGGACACGGGGCGCGUGGACGCGCUGCUCAGCGGCGUGGAGGUGCUCAAGAUGAGCAACUCGGUGGGGAGCCUCGACGGCGAGUUCGGCGUGGACGGGAAGAAGGCCGACGACGGCAGCGGCAGCCGCAAGGCCGUGGCGGCGGUGGGGUUCGCGAUGAUGUUCGGCGCGUUCGCCGGCCUGGGAGCCAUGGCCGUCAAGUGGUACAAGCGGCCCCAGGACUGGGAGCGCCGGAACAGCUUCUCGUCGUGGCUGCUCCCCAUCCACACCGGCCAAUCCUUCACCACCAGCAAGGGCGGGUCCAGCAAGAGCGGCUACACCUUCUCCUCCACCCUCGGCCUCGGCCGCUUCUUCUCCUUCGCCGAGAUCCAGGCCGCGACCAAGAACUUCGAGGAGAGCGCCAUCAUCGGCGUCGGCGGCUUCGGCAACGUCUACAUCGGCGAGAUCGACGACGGCACCAAGGUCGCCGUGAAGCGCGGGAACCCGCAGUCGGAGCAAGGGAUCAACGAGUUCAACACCGAGAUCCAGAUGCUGUCCAAGCUCCGCCACCGCCACCUCGUCUCCCUCAUCGGCUACUGCGACGAGAACGCCGAGAUGAUCCUCGUCUACGAGUACAUGCACAAUGGCCCCUUCCGCGACCACAUCUACGGCAAGGACCUGCCGGCGUUGACGUGGAAGCAGCGGCUGGAGAUCUGCAUCGGCGCCGCCCGCGGCCUCCACUACCUGCACACCGGCACGGCGCAGGGGAUCAUCCACCGCGACGUCAAGACCACCAACAUCCUCCUCGACGACAACUUCGUCGCAAAGGUAUCCGACUUUGGGCUGUCCAAGGACGGCCCCGGGAUGAACCAGCUGCACGUCAGCACCGCCGUCAAGGGCAGCUUCGGCUACCUCGACCCGGAGUACUUCCGGUGCCAGCAGCUGACGGACAAGUCCGACGUCUACUCCUUCGGCGUCGUGCUCCUCGAGACGCUGUGCGCGCGGCCGCCCAUCGACCCGCAGCUGCCGCGCGAGCAGGUCAGCCUCGCCGAGUGGGGGAUGCAGUGGAAGCGGAAGGGCCUCAUCGAGAAGAUCAUGGACCCCAAGCUCGCCGGGACGGUGAACCAGGAGUCGCUCAACAAGUUCGCCGAGGCCGCCGAGAAGUGCCUCGCCGAGUUCGGCAGCGACAGGAUCUCCAUGGGCGACGUGCUCUGGAACCUCGAGUACGCGCUCCAGCUGCAGGACGCCAACCCGCCCGAGGGGGCCGACAAGCCAGCCGACCACGACGGCGCCGGCGCGGCCCCGGCGACCUCCUCCGGCUCCGGCGUCUCCACCGUGCCCGACGUGUCCACCACCGCCGCCGGCGAGAUGUUCGCGCAGCUCGCCGACAUGAAGGGGAGGUGAUCUCCGAUUAUUGAUUGGACUCAGCAGCAUGCAUGAUGCAGUGAUCGAUCGAGAUUAUUUCAUCAUCAAUCCAUCGAUCGUCGCGGUGGAACGUAAACUGAAAGCUAUCAAAAUCGAAUUACUUGUCGAUUUCCUGCCCGAUUUAAGAUGGCCGGUCGCAGUGUCUUGGAUUGGCGAUGGCGAGAAACCAAAUUGAAAAUUCCGUAAAUAUAUACAGAACGCAAAUGUACCUACGUGUUCAUGGUGUGUUACUGUUACUCUUCUCUCUGCUGCGUUUUGUUAGCUAGGAGACGUGUCGCUUCAAAUUGGAUUCUUUUUGACUUUUUUUUGGGUGGUCAAGGUUGAUUGUACAAUAUCAGAAAUCAUACAUGCUACUCGACGCGGCUCGUGUUAAUUGAUCCGUGUGAAUGCAUCGUUCAGGGCUUGUAUAUGAAGAUAGUUAAUUAGUUUCA